AUGGCCGAUGGCCUAGUCAAGGAGCAGGUCCAAGAGUUCUACGACACCUUCAAGCUCUUUGAUGAAGACAAGGAUGACCGGCUCUCCUUGAAGGAAUUCGGUACUUUGUUGAGCUCGCUUGGACAGAACCCCACGGAGCAGGAACUUCAAGAGUGGAUUGGUGGGGAUGGUGAGCACGAUGCUUCGCGCAUUGACUUCCACACUUUCUUGUCUUUGAUGUCGCGGAAGUUGAAGGAAACCGACACUGAGGAGGAGCUAAUUGAAGCUUUCAAGGUGUUCGACCGCGACCGCCACGGCUUCAUCUCGGGUGGCGAGCUGCGGGCCUCCAUGACGAACCUGGGCGAGCGGCUCAACGACACUGAGGUGGAUGAGAUGAUCCGGGAGGCGGAUCAAGAUGGAGAUGGACUCAUCAACUACGAUGAGUUUGUGCGGAUGAUGAUGGCUACCAAGUGA